CUUGAGCCGCAAGGCGAAGCCCGGAGCCGGGGCCCGAACUGCGCCACGGCCCGGCCCGGCCCCGCCCCGCCCCCAGCCGCCCGGGGAUGGGGGGGCGCGGGCUGCGGGCCGCCCGGCUGUCAAUCAAGGGGCGUCGGAGGGCGAUGGGGGGGCGCCCCCGCCCCCGCCCCCGCCCGGCUGCAGCGGAGCGACCCGCGCGCAGGACCAGUGCCCCCCUCCAGGAUGGCUGGGGCGUAGCCCCCCCCCACCCGCAGCCCCACCUACUGGUCUGGUUCCCGUAUGCGCCCGGAGCGGGGCCCAGCCAAUGAGAGAGCGGAGACGAGGCUCCGCCUACUGCGGCUGCGCUAGAGGACGGAUGGGGAGGAUGAUUGGCAGCCAGAGGAGGGGCCCCGCGUGAUUGGCCGGAUUCCUGGAGCGCGUUGCAAGAGGUGUAUGAGGCGGUGAGCGCGUCCCACGGCGCCGGGGGAGUCUCAGCCAGGAGGAGCCGCGGGGGCCGCCCGUCGCUCGCACCCGGGGGGGGGCGGAGGGGGGGACAGAGGCAUCCAGCGCGGCAGAAGUGGCUGGAUGCAUCGCACCGUGGAACAGCUGGGGGGCCGGGCCGGACGGGAUCCCUUCGCUCUCGGCAGCCUGAGCUGCGGCGGGGCCUGGAACCCCUGUCACCCCCGCCCAUGGCUCCCGGGCGGCAGGUGCUCUGCCAGCAUCGGACAGCCCCAGCUGCCCCCACAUCUCCCGUCACCUCAUGGCACUAAUAUCGGGCACCCCAACAAACCCUAUUUCCCCUCUGGGAACUCUGCCCCCCGGCCCCUGCAUGGCAAGCUGGAGGCCAUCCACGGCUGCGUCCAGGCCCUGCUGCGGGACCCGGUGCAGCCGCAGCUGUGGGAGCAGCUGGGGCAGGUCUACGAGUCGGAGCAGGACUGGGAGGAGGCCGUGCGGUGCUACCAGAACGCGGCCCGCUACCAGCGCGACUAUGGCAGCUACGGCGAGAUCAGCGCCCGCAUCGGGCGCCUGCAGCAGGCUCAGCUGUGGAAUUUCCACUCGGGCUCGUCCCAUCACCGGAGCAAGGCCCUGCCCCCCCUGCAGCAGGUGUGGAACCUCCUGCACCUCGAGAAGCGGAAUUUCUCAGCCAAGCGCAGCCCCCAGCUGAAGCGGCCGGCGCCCCCCAUGGAGCCCCCCGUGGUGCAGCCCAUCCCCCCCGCCCAGCCCCCGCCCCACCCCGGGCACGGCGAGGAGCUGCCGAGCCCCAUGAAGGGGAGGAGGAGGAGCGCCAGCCCCGAGCAGGAGCCGAGGAAUUCGGUCGCCCACCCCGUCCCGUACCCGGCUCCCGCCGACGGCUCGCACCCGCCCCACCGCCCGCCCCUCCGGCGAGCCUCGCGGCCAGGCCCGCCCCUGGAAGUGACCUUAGAGCCAGCCGGGUUCCCCGGGGGCGGCCGGACCCCAGCACCUCACCAGCCAGCGUCACCUGCCUUACGCCCGCGCCCCCGGCCGGCCCCACCAGCAAGACCCGCGGAGCCGGGCCCCAGCAGAAACGGCCCCGCCGAGCCCCGCCCCGCCGCCCAGGGCCUCCUACCCAAAGACGCUGCCUCCGGGCCGGGCCCCGCCGAAACCCGGGGCGGCCAGCGCCUCUUCGACUUCCCCGGCCCCCCCCGGGAGGACCAGUUCGAGGAGCCCCCCGAAUUCGCCAAGAUCCUGCCCGACGGCUUGGCCAACAUCAUGAAGAUGCUGGACGAGUCCAUCCGGCGGGAGGAGGAGGACCGGGAGGCCGGGGCGGGGGGGGCCGGCUUCCCGCCCCCUCCCGCCCGGCUCCUGCCCGGCCCGCCCCCCCUGGCCAGACCCAAGCCCCCGCCGGCCCCCCCCGUCGAGUACCCCAACCCGGAGCCGCCCCGGCUGUACCCCUUCGGCAAGCGGGAGGAGGCCGGGAAGGGCCCCCCGCCCAGCACCGCCAGCCUGCUGCGGUCGCUGGCCAGCGUGCUGGAGGGGCAGAAACACGCCUACCGGGCCAAGAAGGCCCCCGCCCCGGCGCCGCCGCCGGCAGCACCGGCGCCGGCGUCUUCCUCGCCGUUUUCUACCUCAAGCCCGGCCUGGGGCGAGGCGCCGGCGGGGGCCUCGCCGGAGCCCCGGGCCCCCAAGACGGAGUCGGAGGUGCUGGAGGAGAUCAGCCGGGCCUGCGAGACCCUGGUGGAGCGGGCGGGGCGGGAGCCCACCCCGCCGCCGCCGCCGCGCCGGCCGGAGAAGGAGCACCGGCGGCACCGGCGGGCCGGCAAGGACGGGCGGCGGCGGCGCCGCGACGGCAAAGCCCCCAAGGAGAGGAACCGGCAGGUGCUGGGCGACCUGGACCCGCAGCGCGCCGGCUGCCAGGGGCGGGAGAACGGCGCCCAGGGCGAGGCGGGCAGAGCCGGCAAGCCGCCCGCCGCCGCCGCCGCCGCCGGCCCCCCGCCCGAGCGCCGCCCGCCCCCCCGCAGGGAGGAGGGCCCGGGGCCCGGCCCCGCCGGCGGCGUGUGCCCGGCCGACCUGCUCAAGCUGCGGGCCCUGAGCGAGGGGCCCCCCAAGGAGCUCAAGAUCCGGCUCAUCAAAGUGGAGAGCGGGGACAAGGAGACCUUCAUCGCCUCCGAGGUGGAGGAGCGGCGCCUGCCGCUGGCCGAGCUCACCAUCGGCCACAGCGCCGCCGAGGUGGUGCGGGCCAGCAAGCACGCCAAGGUGAAGGGGAAGUUCAAGGAGUCGUAUCUCUCGGCCGCCCAGUCCGUGAAACCCCCCGUCCCCGAGGAGACGCUGCCCCGGGAGAAGCUCAACCCCCCCACGCCCAGCAUCUACCUGGAGAGCAAACGCGACGCCUUCUCGCCCGUCCUGCUGCAGUUCUGCACCGACCCCAAGAACCCCAUCACGGUCAUCCGGGGGCUGGCCGGCUCCCUGCGCCUCAACCUAGGCCUGUUCAGCACCAAGACGCUGGUGGAGGCGAGCGGGGAGCACGCCGUGGAAGUCCGCACCCAGGUGCAGCAGCCCUCGGACGAGAACUGGGACCUGUCGGGCACCCGCCAGGUGUGGCCGUGCGAGAGCAGCCGCUCGCACACCACCAUCGCCAAGUACGCCCAGUACCAGGCCUCCUCCUUCCAGGAGUCGCUGCAGGAGGAAAAGGAAAGCGACGAGGAGGACGCCGACGAACCCGACAGCACCACGGAGACGCCCCCCAGCAGCAACGUGGACCAGAAAUCCCCCCAGAUCAUCAAAUUUGGGACCAACAUCGACCUGUCCGACGCCAAGCGGUGGAAGCCGCAGCUGCAGGAGCUGCUGAAGCUACCGGCCUUCAUGCGGGUCACGUCGACAGGGAACAUGCUGAGUCACGUGGGUCACACCAUCCUGGGCAUGAACACGGUGCAGCUCUACAUGAAAGUGCCAGGCAGCCGGACGCCGGGCCACCAGGAGAACAACAACUUCUGCUCCGUCAACAUCAACAUCGGGCCGGGCGACUGCGAGUGGUUCGCGGUGCACGAGCAUUACUGGGAGACCAUCAGCGCCUUCUGUGACAGGCACGGCGUGGACUACCUGACGGGCUCCUGGUGGCCCAUCCUGGAGGACCUGUACAAAUCGAACAUCCCCGUGUACCGGUUCAUCCAGCGCCCCGGGGACCUGGUGUGGAUCAACGCAGGCACCGUGCACUGGGUGCAGGCCACGGGCUGGUGUAACAACAUCGCCUGGAACGUCGGGCCCCUCACAGCCUAUCAAUACCAGCUGGCCCUGGAGCGCUACGAGUGGAACGAGGUGAAGAACGUGAAAUCCAUCGUGCCCAUGAUCCACGUCUCGUGGAACGUCGCCCGGACGGUCAAGAUCAGCGACCCCGACCUCUACAAGAUGAUCAAGUAUUGCCUCAUGCAGUCCAUCAAGCACUGCCAGGUGCUGCGGGAGACGUUGGUGCGUGCCGGGAAGAAGAUCGCCUACCAGGGCCGGGUGAAGGACGAGCCGGCGUACUAUUGCAACGAGUGUGACGUGGAAGUGUUCAACAUCCUGUUCGUGACGAGCGAGAACGGCGGCAAGAACACGUACCUGGUGCACUGCGAGGACUGCGCCCGCCAGCGCAGCGCCGGCCUGCACGGCGUGGUGGUGCUGGAGCAGUACAAGACGGAGGAGCUGAUGCAGAUCUACGACGGUUUCACCCUGGCUGGAUCCCCCAGCUCCAGAUGAGCCAGACCUCGCCCAGGCGCUUCCUGGGCAGAGACAGGAAUCAGCUCCCCCUUCCCCAGCGCCCCCCCUGCCCCGCUGGGGGAAGGAGGGGCCAUCUCGGCACCGCCCGUCCCAGUGGCCAAUCGCAGACAAGCUCUUGUUUACACCGGAACCUCUCCGGCCCAAUCGGCUUUGCUGUUGAAACGAGGGACGGGGGGGGCGGAGCCCCAGAAGCGGCCAAUCUUCUGCGUGAUCCGAGGAGCCAAUCCGCAAGCAGCCUGUGAAUACAGAAACUCAAACAAAACGAACUUUUUUAAUUUAUUCUUGAAAAUGACCUUUCGGGGGGGGGGGGAAACUUUUUAAAGAAAAUAUUUUUUUUUUUUUUGGAAAAUAAUAAAAAACACAGAGAAAAAAAAAGCAAAAACCCGCCCAGGAGACGGGCAAAGGGAAACCGUGGCGCCUGGGCAGCUCGGCGGGGCCGGCGGGCGGUUCCCCGGCAGACACACGGGGACAGGAGAUCGGCCGCGCGCAGGAGAACACGGACUCUGGAGCUCAGCCAGGAUCUCUCUUCGUCGACGGAGCAUUAACUCGUUCGUUUUGCAGGGGCGGGGGGGGGGGGGGGUUGGGCAGUUUUUUUUUUUUUUUGUCGUCUUUUUACAUUUUUCUCGUCAGCAAAUGAAGCAAAAAAAACACAAAACCACGAAAAAAAACAACCAACCAACCACGAAAAAUACGGGUUUUUCACGCAGCAAUUUCCCUUCGUUUCCUCUGUGUGCGUUUGUGGCGGUGGGAGAUUGUACAUUGGUUUCUAUGUAUAUUGGCGCGGGGCGGGCGGUUUGUGCGGGCGUGCGUGGGCUUCAUUCUCACUCUGCUUUCUUAAAUCCUGGCCGCUUGGCGUGGGAGGGGGGGGCUUUUUAUUCCACGUGUUCCUGGCUUGGUUUCGUUUUCUUCUGAACUCACGUGAAGGAGCCAAUUCCCGCCGGCUUGGGUCGCCGAUUGUGCAAACGAUGGUGCAAAAAGGGGGAGCGAGGACCGGUGCGCAGCGUCCGGCCCCCGUGCGCAGGGCGUCGCGGGAGCCCUGCCCCCGGGAGCCGCCUUCCCCUGGGUUAAGCGUUUCGUGCAAUCGCAGCCGCGGUUUACACUUCUCUCAGGUCAGCCACAGAAACUGAGCCGGGACAGCAGGACAGAAAAUCUGCCUUAACCCCCCCGCCGGCCAGGUUGCGCCUCCCCACUUCUCACUUGUUUGGAAACCGGAAACACGUCGGGUGCUUUUUCCUCGGUUGUUUUUUCUUUUGUACCUCCAGGCCUCAGAUUUUUGCAAUUUGUAAAUUGUCCUCUGUUGUUGUGUAUUUUUUUUUUUUAUUUAUACAUCAUUUUUGUAAUGAUUUCUCUAUUUAUUGGUUGCUAUUGAGGGGUUGAUUUGAGCGUUCGGGGGGGGGUGUUUUUUUUAAAAGGCCUUUUUUUUUUAAUCGUGUGUAUUUGUCUGUUUCGCGCCGGAAUUGUUGCGUUCGGUUUUUUUGGGGGUUUUUUUAAUGUUAAGCUCGGCCCAUCCCCGGCAUCGUGAGACGGGGGGGGGGCUUGUUCAGUGUUUUGCCUCUUUUCAUGGUGCUGAAUUCCAUAAUCACUGUGCGAUCGGGACUUCUGUUCAUUUCCUUUGGAGGACUCGCGUCCCUUUCCCCCUCCCCUUGUAGAAAAUCCCCCUCCUAUCCCAGCAUCUCGCCAACACACUGAACGAAACAAGCGGAAGCCUAGGUCCUCCUGGAUCAUACUGUACUGUAAGGCGACAAAGGAAAAAAAAAAAUCUUAUUUUGUAAAUGUAAAAAAGAUUAAAUUAACUCACAGAGAUACA